CCUGCUCGGGGAACGACAUUUACCAGAAUGCGGGACUGGGCGGAGAAACCGGAUGUAGGCGUUAGCUUUAAAGCAACACCACCAAGGUUGUUCAGGUUUCUCUCGUUUUCCGGACCUGGUGGUGAGCUGAAAGCAGCGCCUCGUUUCCGUCCUCCUCUCAUGUCCGUCCUUUCUGUAUCCCGGUCCAUCAGUGUCCCCUUUUCCUCCCCUCUCCCUUCCCCUCUCCGUCCCCCCUCGCACCCUUCUACCCCCCGUAUCUGCCCCCCUGAUGUGCAGGACCGCGAGUUGGACUCAUGACCGCGUGGAUCAUCCUGCCCGUCAGCCUGGCCGCCUUCUCCAUCACCGGGAUAUGGAUAGUAUAUGCCAUGGCUGUGAUGAACCACCAUGUUUGUCCAGUAGAGAAUUGGUCCUACAACGAGACGUGUUCAGAGCAAAAGGCUGAACCGGGCUUCCCAAAAACCUGCUGCACCAUCCAGGACAUCCCUCUCAUCAGUAAAUGCGGCUCGUUUCCUCCAGAGAGCUGCCUGUUCAGCCUCAUCGGCAACGUGGGAGCCUUUAUGGUGGUGAUGGUGUGUCUGCUGCGCUACUCUCAGAUCAUCGAACACAGUCAUCACUGUUGGACCAACACGAGCGGCCUGGUUUCCGGCUUUACCAAUGCCGUGGGACUGGUCAUGGUGGGAAACUUCCAGGUGGACCACGCCAAGACUCUGCACUACGUGGGCGCGGGCGUGGCCUUUCCCGCCGGCAUGCUGUUCGUGUGUUUGCAGUGCGUGUUGACGUACCGCGUCGCCGUCACGCCUCUCGAUUACCUGAUGGCCCACGUGAGGGUGGCGCUCUCCAUUGGGUCUCUGAUCGCUCUCGUCCUCAGCGGCGCCUUCUUCAUCCACGAGAGCUUCGUCCUGCAGCACGCCGCUGCCAUUUGCGAGUGGGUCUUCACCGUCCUCAUCCUCAUAUUCUACGGCACCUUCACCUACGAGUUCGGCUCCGUCACCAGGGACACCAUGAUGGCCGGGCUUCAGAGGAACCUCCCGCUUGGGGGCGGGGCUUCCAGGGAGCUGAAGACUCCGGGCAGGAGCAGCACCACAUCUACACAGCUGAACUGCAUGCCGGAGAACAUUGCGAUGCUUUAACCAGACCACACACGCGCACACACACACACACACACACACACUGCUGCCUUGAAAUAAGUCCCAGAAUUCCCCUGUGCUGCCCGGUUUUACUACGAUUGAUAGACGUGAUAUUAAGCAACACCUCUAAAUUGUUACCAUGGCAAUUAAAAGGGGGUGUGGCCUAGACAACGCUUGUGGUGAACCUGGCACACGGUGCUUAGCUGCUGUAACGUUAACGUCCUCACACACACACACACACACACACACACACACACACACACACACACACACUAGAGGGAUUUGUACCGUUUGUCUAUCCAGUGUCCCUUUUUUUUGUUGUUGUUUUAUCUCCUCCCUUGCACAAGGGGCCGUAUUGUAGCGGCCUGGAGCUGCUCGCUGCCGCACGGACAUGUUUGCACGUCACGCAUGAACCACGUUAUGGCAGUUAUUCCCCCCUCCCCCACACACAAUCAGGAAUUGAUAAUCGAGUAGUUGCGACAGUAAUCACUGCCUUAUAGAGAAUCAUAUUUAUGCCUGUUUUUAAAGAUAAUAUAUAGAGAUAUCAUAGGUUCUGUUUUUUUUUUUUUUUUGGGUGAAAAUGUUUUUGGCAUUAUCCAUCAUACUCGCGCCAUCCUCGUCACCUUCCUCAUCCCUGCAUCUUUAAUCUCGGAAUGUCAUGCCAACGUCCUUUUUUCCCACAUUUCGUUCCGUUGCCAUGUCCACGUGUGUCCAGUCUACCAAAGCCAUCGCAAUAUUUUGAACUGUACAGCCGGUUUUUUGUUGUUGUUGUUUGUUUGCGUUCUGACUGAAGUGUCAACUCUCUUGGGGUUCUCCAGGCUGGAUCCUGGAGAAUCCGUGUUCCUUCACCGGGAAGCUUUCCGUGGCCUUAAUCUUCUGUUGCUUCAAAAACAAAAACGCUCGGUCGCGUCACUCCUUCGAUUCCGCGUUUGCCGGAUAGACGCGUCUUUUUUUUUGUUGUUGUUGUAGGAUCCCGCUGUGGGGGCUCCUCCGUCUCCACAGGAUUCCGAGGAACCUGUUUACCUUCUCGGAGUAGCGAGGACCGUUUCUGAGAAGCAACAGUUAGAGCCGGGCGAUCGCCAUCCUCGUCGUCAUUUUAAUAUCCACGAACCGUCCAAUCAAAUGCAGGGUUCCGACACCGGAGACUCCUUUCAUAUCAGCCGUGGACACUGAGCCACACCCAGUACGAGACGUCUCAUUGGCCAGUGAACAUGCUAAUCAGAGUGCUAAAGUUUUUUUCUUUCUUACAAACCAAUUGUAUUAUACACGUGUGAACACAAUCAUCGAGGAUCAGAGUCACAUUCUAUCCUCCUACAGAGGAGUUUCGUCGCCUGUUUUUUUACAAAAGAAAGACGUCUCUCCGUUCUCGCUUCCGUCACAGUCUGAAGUGCAGCACUGCACCCAUCUUUUUUAUCAGAUUUUCAUCAGGCUGGAAAUCGACUGACCAGCGAGGGAGCAAUAGAGUCCGAUUUCAUCCGCGUUCACUUUACACCAAAGUCUGCACUACAUGUGUGUUUUUUUUGUUUUUUCUUAUAAUCUAGCCAACCUGCCAUUUUAUUCGUUCACUCGUCCGCCAGACAAUCAGGAGUUCUCCAGUCUGCCCAUUUUCUUUUUUUUAUAUAUAUAUUUAUGAUCUAUAGAAAACAUCCAGCCAGUUAUUUAGGGUGAAAACUUGCCAGGUUUUUUUUUUUUUAUUUAAUAUUUGUUUGUUUGUUUGUUUCAGCCUGUUACACUUUUUUCCUGCUGUAUUUAAAUGUAUUUUUUUAUCAGCACAAUUUGUUCAGAAAAAAAAAAAAAAAGGUUCAAAUUCCAGAAACCCGAAAUACACACCGGUGCAGAGUAUUUUUUACUUUAUAAAAUCACGUUGUGCAAAAAAAACAAAAAAAAAAACAAAAAAAAAAAAACCUGUUUCGAUGAUUUCCAUCUGAACGAUUAAUAAAUACAUGUGAUUUA